GAGGGUGUGUAGCGUAUGGAUAGGAUCACCUGGGCCGGACACCUUCACAUCUGUACAAGGAGAAACGUUUCCUACUGCCUCUUGGGAGGGAUCACAGGCGGCAGCUGAGGAGACCACAAGCAGGAUGUUUUAUGAGUAGUUGCUGUGCCAAAGAACAAGAUGAGUGUCACAUCAUGGUUCCUCGUCAGCAGCUCUGGCACACGCCAUCGGCUGCCACGGGAAAUGAUUUUUGUUGGACGGGAGGAUUGUGAGCUUAUGCUUCGGUCCCGCAGUGUGGAUAAGCAGCAUGCUGUAAUCAACUAUGACAGUGAUAAAGAUGAGCAUCGAGUGAAGGAUCUUGGGAGCUUAAAUGGGACCUUUAUAAAUGAUGUAAGGAUUCCUGACCAGAAGUACAUUACUCUGAAGCUAAACGACAACAUACGCUUUGGCUACGAUAUUAAUACAUAUGUCCUGGAGCAGAUCCAGCACCAGGUACCAGAAGAGGCAUUGAAGUACUGUGACCCUCCAGUUAUUGCUUUUGAACAAAUCCCUGCAUCUUCUGACAAGCAUGAAAAGUACACCAGCCACCUUCAGAUGUGUUCGAAAACGUCUGCAGUAAGAGAAGACCAGUUUAAGGAGCAAGGUGCCCACAUGGACUCCUCCCAAGCAAAACAGGAAAAAGUGGACAAGAAAUCUGCCACUGAUGUUCCUGCCUACCGUACACCUUUAUAUGGUCAGCCAUCUUGGUGGGGAGAGGACGAUGAUAACAAGCUUGGAAAGGAAGGCAGAAGUCAAGAUGAACAUUAUUCAGAAAGGCCAAAAGAUAUGACUCAACACGAGGAAGAAGUAAGUGACAAUAUGGGCUACAGGGAUUCUCCGGAUCAGUGCAUGUACCCAUUCAGAAGAGAACCAAGUUACUUUGAGAUUCCAACUAAAGAUUUUCAGCAGCCUGUGAAGCCUCCAGAAACCCAGGUCUAUGAAAUCCCUACUAAGGACACAGAUACAGUGCCGCCUGUAACGCCCCCAGUCAUGCAGAGUCAUGCCUCUUUCACAAUUGAGUUUGAUGAUUGUAAGCCUGGCAAAAUAAAAAUUAAAGAUCAUGUCACAAAAUCUUCAAUGAGACAGAGGAAAACUGCUGGAAAGGAACCUGGUCCAACAGAAAUGGUAUCGGCAGAAAGUAAGGUGGCUGACUGGCUAGUUCACAAUGACCCAAGUUUGAUUAGAAGGCCAUCUCCUGGGGAAGAUGUCUACAGUACCAAGAGUGACCUUCCCAUUCAUAACAGAACUCUUAAAGGUAACAAACAUGAAGAUGGAACACAGAGUGAUUCAGAAGACCCCUUGGUGACCAAACCUGAGCAAGAAACUGGAACAGCUGAUCACCCACAGCAUCAGCGGCAGUUCAAUCGCGAACCUGAAGAAUUGCUUCACAGUCAGCAGGCGUUUGUCAUAGAGUUUUUUGAUGAUGAUGCUCCUAGGAAGAAACGAUCCCAGUCUUUUACACACAAUUCUAACUCCCCUCCAAAUGAUACAGAUCCAAUCCUUAAAGCUAAAGUUGACAAGCGAAAGGGUACGGUACAUGUUGAAAAAGUAUCGACUAAUGGAACAGGCUCAACUGCACCAGCAUCAAAAUCACUGUCAAGCCCUUCAUUUCCACAAAGAUCGAAUUCUUUCAGGCGAGAAAAAACGGAAGACCGCAUAGCGUCUGCUCCUACAACAGCAAGGUUACCAGGGAAGAACUAUGGAAGUGUUGGGAAGAAAUCAAAGCUUGCCCAAGAAUUUGCUGCUGAAUAUAUGCAUGAACAAGCAGAAGUAGUUAAACAGGCAGCAGAAAAACCAAUGACCUUGCCUUUGUCUGCAUCAAUAUUACAGCAACCAGCCUCACAAGUGCAAAUCUCAAGCCAAGCACAAACUAUGCCAGUGACAUCUGAUGUAAGAUCAGAGACAAUUAAGAAUGAAGAAGAGGACAACUUGAGUGAUGCUGGAACAUAUACAAUAGAAACAGAGACGCAGGAUAGAGAAGUCGAACAAGCGAGGAAAAUGAUAGACCAGGUCUUUGGAGUUUUUGAACCUGAUGAGUAUUCCAAGAUUUCAUCCACAGUUUAUAGGCCAGUCAUUAAUAAAGGAAAAGAGGAACAUCUUGGGAGUGAACCAAGCAUGACCCACAAGCCAAUAAUGUCAUUGUCAACUCCACCGAUAAAAUUAAGUAAUGGACUUCAGGCUGAACCCUUGAUUGAAAGACCUGGCUCCAGCUCCAAAUCAGGUCAGAAAUGGGUUUCCCGCUGGGCAAGUCUCGCUGACAGUUAUCCUGAUGCAUCGCCAACAUCUCCUUCGGACAGUCAGAAGCAGGGCUUUAUUGCAGAUGAUGAAGAUGUUAUUGAGCGUAUAGAGGUCCAAGGAGAAGCAGAUCCCACGGUGCCAUCAAGAACAAGACGACUCCUUCCACAACUCCCUCCUGAAAAUGUAAUGCCAACAAUUUUUGUUUGCCAAGAAUCUUUUUCAGCUGAAUCUCAAAGGAAGCAUGUGGAAGAACCAGAAAAAGGAAUUUCUGCAGAAAAUAGCAGUUUAUUAUUAGUUCAGGAGGAAUUGGAUCCAGACAGCCUUAGUGAUACAAGCAGGUCUGAUGAUGGUGUCCUGUCAGUAAGGAAGUCUGCCAAGGCUUCUAAAAUUUAUAGAAAUGGAUGGAAGGGAGAGGAGCCUCAUAGUAGGGAAUCAUCUGUUCAAAGGACUUUAGUAUCUUCUAGUGAAAAGAAAUCAACUUGUUUUUAUGUUGGAAAUGAUGAUAUGGGAAGCCUUAAACAAACAACCUCUGGAUUGUCCUCUAAAGAUGUAGUUAAGAACCACGAAAGCCACAUUAACCUGAAAGCUAAUGUACAUUCAAAUGUGGAGACUCCAAGUGCAGAAAGAUUAGUUAAUCAGUUUCACAAGAAAGAGAAUGGCUCUGCAAAAGACCCUCUUUCAUUUGUAAGGCAAGAAAGCUUUACCAAAGAGAAGUCCAGUAGCAACGUUUCCCCAAAUAAGCUUCCACAUAUUUCAACUCAUCCAUUGCUUAAAGAUUUAAGUGUUACAAAAUCAAGUCAUGAUUACAGUCAAGAGACACGUUUAAUACUCAAAGAGACAGAAACGGCGUUGGCUGCGUUAGAAGCAAAGCUGUUUACACAGUCCCACCUUGAUGAAUUAGAAAAUACUCCUUCCUUACGUGAUGACUCCUUGUCGGGAGAAUCUGAUGUGGAUACUGCCAGCACAGUUAGUCUAGUCAGUGAUAAAAAUGCACCAAUCCAUUCUCAGCAAAACAGAAUUGUCAACCUUCAGAAGGAAAAGUCCUCCUCCACAUCUUCUAUACAAGAGCAGUAUUGUCAAUCAAGUGCUCGAGAACGUCUUUCUGAGAAACGAAGAACAGUUCCUGCUGAUGCUGGAACCAGGAGCAUAACCAAACGGGUAGGGAUGACACGUAGCACGGGAGCACGUGGCUCAUUAGACUUCACAGAUGAAGAAAGAAGUUCUAGUCUUCCCUAUAUGCCAGUCUCAGAAACUGUUUCAUCUGACUAUGAAAAUUCUUCUUCAAGGCAUAUUUCACGGAGAAAACCAAUUGGUCAGACUUGCAAAGAGGACUCCAGUAGAUCAUCAAAUGCACAAAAAGUUCAGCAGGCUCUUACACGUUCUAACAGUUUAUCAACUCCGAGGCCUACACGAGCCUCAAAACUGCGUCGUGCUCGUCUAGGCGAAUCAUCUGACAAUGAAUGUGCUGAUGGAGAAAGAUCAAAUAUAAGUCCAGGAACAUCUUCUGCCAACUCCUCUUCUGCUAAAAGUUCUACAGAACCUAAAAAGCCAUCUCGUCUAGACAUUCUUGCAAUGCCAAGAAAACGUGCUGGUUCAUUUAAUGUUCCAAGUGACUCUGAAACGUAUUCUUCAGUGAGAGCGAUGUUUUCAGGACGUAGCGUAGACCAAAGUUAUACAAGUAGAAAACCAGCUGUGGCAGAAAGCAAACAACCUCCCAAGAAACCUGUAGCACCUACACAGAAGCAAACUCCAUCAAAAGCUCGCUCAAGCAGUGUCAAGUACUCCUCUUCUUCAACCACUCAGACUUCAAGGUCAAGCAGUGUCUCUCGACAUCACAAGUCCAGUCGGCAGGAUGAGGACGAGGUUGAGCAGGAAGUUUAUAACAACUUUAUGGCCCAGUCUGUGGAAAUUGCAGAAAUAGCGAGAUUGAGUCAAACCCUAGUGAAAGAUGUAGCCAGUUUGGCAAGAGAGAUUCAUGAUGUAGCAGGAGAUGGAGAUUCUCAGAGCUCGUCAGGAACAGGACAGAGCACCUCAAUCAGUUCUGUGCCAAACACCCCAGCCUCAACUAUUUCAGCAAGGGAAGAGAUAAUUAAACGGCCCUUACAACGAACACGCCCAUCACAGUUGGUCCAUCAUAUACCAGAAGCAAGUCUGAAUUACCAGAAGAUUCCACCAGGUUCAACAGGCCUUGAAGACUUCGAUCAAAAUAUGAAUGACAGCAGAGAAGAUCCAUCAAAGAGACGAGCUAGAAACAUAGAAGAGGUGAUUUUUGACAAUCUUAUGCUGAAUCCUGUGUCUCAGUUAUCACACACAAUAUGCUCAGACACUGAGGUACUUACAGAAAAAAUGAAAGUUUUAUUUCAGAAUACAGAGAAGAACUGGGAAGAAAUUGAAGCAAAGAUUAACUCUGAAAAUGAAGUGCCAAUUCUUAAAACAUCUAAUAAGGAAAUUAGCUCUAUCCUAAAGGAGUUGAGAAGGGUUCAGAAACAAUUGGAAGUUAUAAAUGCGAUCAUCGACCGCUCCGGAAAUCCAGAAGAUACGCCAAGUAAUAAAAAGACAUCUUCCACUCUCCUGACUUCGAAUGCUUUACCCAGGACUACUAACAACUCAGCCGCCAGAACACAGACUCCUGGCCAUCUGAGAAAUUACAUCCAUAAAUCCAGCUCCAGCUCCUCCAGAUCCCCAGGAUCCAGCUUCAGUAGAGAUGACGAAGAAACGUAUAUUGUUUGAUGGUUCUUUUUUUGCUUCACUUUGUAUGUAACACAGCUUUGGUAUAGUAUUUGAGUGCUUGUGGGCAAAAAAAAGCAGCAUCUGCAGAUUUCUUGCAUUGCACAUAAUCUAUGCUGUGCGACUGAAUGUUUGUCAAUGAACACUAGCACUGUGGACCAGCACAUGUUCAGCAUAGAGGUAAAUUUACUUGAACUUUCUUUUUUUUUUUUUUGUUGUUCUUUUAAAGCACAGAAAUUUUAUUAUUUUCUCAUGUGCCAUAAUGUUAUACCUGAAGUGCUGGAAAUAUCUGAUGUUUCUGUGUCUGUCGCUGAUGUUAUGUAUCUCGUGUAGCUUAAUUGCACUGAUCUAUCGUUUUUCUUUUUAAUUUAAGACAAUUGUCGGGUGUGUGAAAGAGCUACUAACUAAGCAUCGUGAUCUGUUUCUUGCCAAAACAUUUUUCUGUACAAUUAUAAAGGCGUUCAGCCACGUGUCGCUGUUGUAUAUAAGUAAAUCGAGACAUUCAUAGUGACUGUACAUUAGAAGCAUUUUAUGUUCUGUUUAUUGAAAGAGAAAUUUAUUUAUUGCUGUUUCCACUGACAUGUUGGUCGUUUGUGUAUUAAUUUCAGUGUUUUUGUCUGCUCCAAAUUGGUCGUCGUCAAAUUUCAGAACAAUAAAUGUGUUCUGAUGGGGAAAAACCUUCAUUGGCUCACACUGCCAGUGUA